AUGCAGGACUUUACCGUUGACGUCGACGGCGUACCAGACCGAGGCCCCGCAGUAUUCGCCGUCACUACCGCCACCCUGGCCUUGGCUACCGUCUUUGUCGGCGCGAGACUGGCUUGUCGAGGCCUCAUUGUUCAACGCUUCGGGUGGGAUGACCUUUCCAUUGUGAUUGCCUGGCUGUUCGCCGUGGGCAUCUCGGUCUCCAUCGCUCUCGGCACUCGCAGGGGCCUCGGCCGCCACGACGAGGACAUAGUUCCUGAGCACUUGCCGCAGCUUAGGCGUUGCGAAUAUGUCUUUUCCGUCUUAUACAACCCGGCUCUCAUGGCAGCCAAGACGUCCAUCCUGAUAUUCUACCUCCGACUCUCCAGAAAUACCCAGCCGCUGCUCCGCCUCGCCUCGAAAAUUGUGCUCUUCGUCGUCAACACAGCUGGUACCAUCCUCACUUUUAUCAACAUUUUUCAGUGCAAUCCGAUCAAUGCAGCCUUCGAUGAUGUGGCUGGGCGGUGCGUGCCUCUUCUGACCGAGUUCAUCUGCUCUGCGCCCAUCAACAUCAUCACGGACCUGGCCAUCCUCGCCUUGCCGAUUCCAGUCCUCACGAGCAUGAGGCUACCUCCGCGGCAGAAGACCAUUCUGGUUCUGACGUUUGGCCUGGGUAUUUUUGUUACCAUAGUCGACGUGGUCAGGAUCUACUAUCUUCAGAACGCCAUCAACUAUGUUCCCAAUACAACGCAGACAUCGGAUCCAAGAGCCAUCUAUGGGGACUCCCCUCAAUUUAGCUGGAGCGCUUCUCUUUCUCUCAUGUGGUCUGCUGUCGAGGUCAAUAUUGGCAUCUCAACCGCAUGCAUCCCGACCCUGAAGCCUCUUGUGCUGCGUCUCCUCCCGGCAAUGAUCCUGGACCCCAAUGGCAACUACUACGGAUCCAACAACACCAAAGAUAGAGAGGUGCUGCCCACCCCUACCCCCAUGCAGCCAGCCUUUGGCGCAGGCGGGGGCAUGCAGGCGCCACCACCGCAAAAUUCCCCCACUGCCGUUGGACACCAGGACCAAGAUCAGCAGCUUGACAUGCUCCAGUUCUUGACGACGCCAGACAUGGGCGGCACUGCCGCCACCCCCGGGACGCCACAGGCCGGCAAUGCUUGGUCCAACUUGAGACGGUCGACCGUAACGACUCUGGGGGCCCAGAGCUCCGCCCCGACCGAGAGCAACCUGUAUUUUGGGUUUGUGAGCAUCAAGAGGCCUAAAAGCAUGCUCAAGGCCACAAACGCCGAAAGCUGGCGGUACUGCGCCUUUGUCACGGUCACUUUCCUGCUGUGGGGCAUGUCGUAUGGGCUGUUAGGGACGCUCAACAAUGUGGUCGCCAUGGUGGCCGACAUGUCGGUCCCUCAAACCAUUGGGCUCAACAGCAUCUAUUUCGGACUGGGAUACCUUCUUGGACCUCUUAUUGUUGGCGUCUGGAUACUCCGUCAUGACGAACAUCACCGCUCGCGACACGCAACCAGGAACCACCGACCACACGAAUCGAUCGGCGGGUUCAAGGCCACCCUGAUGCUGGGUCUUUCAAUCUUUGGCACUGGGACAAUCUGUUUUUGGCCUGCCGCCGUGCUGGCGAGCUUUCCGGGGUUUAUGGUCUCAAACUUCAUUGUCGGCAGUGGGCUUGCGGUCUUGGAGACGGCAGCCAACCCCUUCCUAGUCCUCUGCGGCCCCAGCGAGUUCGCUUCCAUGAGGCUUUGCCUGGCACAAGGCGUCCAGGCUGUCGGGAGCGUCCUCAGCGGCCUUUUGGCUCAACAUGUCUACUUCUCCAACGUUUCACAGCGGCAAGAGCGCCCAGGCUCGCUCAUAUUAUCCGAUGUCCAGUGGACCUACCUGGCCGUCACCUUGUUCUGCGCUGGCCUUGCACUCCUAUUCUACUACAUCCCUCUCCCCGAGGUGAGCGACCAGGAACUGGCAGCCAGCGCGGAAAAGUUGCCGGUGGACUCGACCAAGCGCAGCAUCGGCGGCCUUCAGCUGCGCACUGUCUGCAUCAUACUCGCCGUAGUCGCCCAGUACUGUCUAAUUGCGGCACAGGAGAGUGUGUCCAUAUUCUUCCAAGACCUCAUUUCGGCACUAGUACCUACCGAAUCGACAACCCCUUUGGCGUCAGUCGCGUCAGUCUCGUCCGGGGCUGGGUCUGGGUCGACGGCCAACACCACCAACAGUGAACCCAAUCCUCCAUCACUGACGCUCUCGGUAUCCAACUAUGUGAUCAUCUCUCACGCCGCCUUUGCGCUUUCCCGCUUUUUAGCCGGGGGGCUGGCAUACCUCUCGGCAAAACACCCCCGAAACAAAUGGAUACCGACUCCACGGACCGUGUUGCUUACCUCAAUCUUUACAGCCAUCGUGGCCAUGAUCGCCAUGAUCACGGUCAAAAAUUCACCAUCAUCAAUAGGGCCUAAUGUUAUGGCGAUCCCAAUUGUCAUCUUCUUCUUCGCCGAGGGGCCCGGCUGGCCCUUGAUAUUCUCGCUCGGCCUGGUCGGGCAGGGGUCAAGGACCAAGCUAGCAGCGGCCUGGCUGACGAUGGGAGCAUCUGGCCCGGCCUUUGUCCCAUUUGUCAUAUAUGCAAUAGUACGGGGUAGCGACACAGGCAGGAACAUCCAGAUUGCCUUUUGCGUCGUGGCAGCGUUGCUGUGCUUCACGCUCGCCUACCCGGUGUAUCUAUGCUUUGGGCGCGACGCUCGCAAGAUGGUUGACCCCGUUGACCCCCGUGACCAGCCGGCAAAGCCGUCACCGGCAGACGAGCAGGUCGGCAUCGAGACACUGCUUGAGCGCCGUAUGAGGGGGAGGUUGUCGGCCGUGACGGAAGAAGGACGGGGGGCCAGCAGGUCGACUCUGACCAAUUCAAACGACUGGGACGUAGACGGGCCGCGGUCGGUCGCCCUCUUUGACAAGUUGAAAAACGGAUUGGAGGCGGCAAAGCAUGGCCUCCACGAGCACCACGCCAACAGCCCAUUGAGGGGGUCCCGAAACAACAGCCCGCGGCGGCCAUCGGCAACGUCGACCACGCCGCGCUCGGCCGUCUCCACUCUUCGCGGCGAGCGCCUGGAGACAACGGAUGAGAUCAAGGAGGAGGAAGUACGAGAGGAGAGGGAGAACAGGUCGAGCAGUGAGGCAGCUGAGAGGCUGAAACCACCAUUAUGA